UUAAGCCCUAAGUCGAAGACUAGUUGCAGCAGAACGGAGAAAGCUUUUUCCUUUGUUUCACUGAUUCAGUGCUUUCCAUGGUCAACCUUCCUUCUGCCAAGGAUACCUUCUUCGGUGCCUGAGAAAGCUGAAACAGUACUUCACCUGCAGCCUCCAUCAGAUGGCUUUAGAAGCACGGCAAUCGCUGUGACUUGGUUCAAGUUCAUCCGCUCCCCAGCCUUUUGCUUCUCUUUGCCCCACAACAAAACUCUGGUGUUCUUCCUCCCUCGUUUCCUUCCCGAGAAGCUUUCAUCUAAAUCAAGGAGGAAUGGGUUCGACUACGGUUUUCUUCAAGGUGCUCUUGCCUGGAUUCCUGGAGAAAUUGUCGAUCCCUCGUAUAUUUGUUGAGAACCUUCCUGAAACCGACCGUCCCCUAAAGGUCAGCAUUCGAAGCCCUCUGAAGACGUUUUGGCAAGUUCAAAUCAAGCGGGAAGGCUGCGCCUUAUAUUUCACCGAUGGCUGGAGGGAAUUCGCUGAAGCUCACAACUUUGCUGUCGGAUUCUUCUUGGUUUUCCGCUACAAAGGCAACAUGGUUUUCACCAUUGAGGUCUUCGGCUUGAAUGGAGGUCUCAAGGAUUACAAUCACACUGGUGGUUGCAGAUGCUUGAGCAGGGGUUUAGUGCGAUCAGGCUAUGAGGAGAAACAACAGUUGGUUGUGGAUGAGAAUGACGCCUUGGUUGAAGAACAAGAAGAAGAUCAUAUCAUAGUCGAAGAUUCCCCACUGCAAUUGCCAAGUGGAACAGAACCACCACUUCAAUUCGAGAAGAAAAUACGUCCGUACAAUCUGAAGUACAAGAUAAUGGGUAUUCCAAGACACUUGGCCUCGCGUAGUGAAUUCAACACAGAUCAAAUGUUUCUGCUCAAAAAUAUGAGAGGGAGACCAUGGCCAGUAAAUUACCACCAAAAUGGCAAGAACGGUUUUUUAAGGAGUGGAUGGGAUGCUUUCAGUAAGGAUAAUAAUCUAGAAUUGGGUGAUCGAUGCAUCUUCAAGUUUAUAUCAAAAGGAGUGAUGGAGGUAGAGGUGGUGAAACAUAGGAAGUAUUUGCUAGGAUACUAAGAUUUGAUGAUAUAAUUGAUGUUGGGAUGUAAAAGUUGAAAAUGUACUGAACCUUAAAUGUAAGUUAUCAAUUAUUUUUCCUCA